CUCGAAUGUUGCGGAGUGGAUCGACCUCAGGAUUGGAACUGGGCUAAUGAGAAACUUCCAGACUCUUGCUGUACCAGUAGGGCAAACUGCACCCUCAAAUCGAGUGAUUGUUACAGAAAGGGUUGUGCGGAGAAUUCCUACAAAUGGUUCAAAAACGGAUUGGACUUGUUAGGCAUUCUGGCCAUCGCUGUUGCAUCAAUAGAGUUGAUUGGUGCUAUAUUUGCCCUUUGCUUGUCAAGUUCCAUAAAGAACCAACUUCGCAGGGAAGCAUAUGCGUGUGGCGCUAUCUUCAAUCCCAGGAAUACCUGUACUGUUUAUAAGUGAAUCAUUAAAUAAUAACUUGAAAAACACACGCUGCUGCCGUUCCAUCCUUCACAAACAGAAAAUGCUACAGUGAAAAACGUGAAAUUUCAAUUUGAACUUGUUAGAUAGUUAUGUUCAACAUACCUCAGGAAAAUGAUGGAAUAUAUACCUACAUUCCCCUA